AUGAAGGCUCCAUCAUUUACCUCCUUGGCUGUAGUAGCCAGUGCCCUCGUUUCAGCCGUUUCCGCUGCUGAUCUGGACCCCAUUGUCAUCAAAGGGAGCAAAUUCUUCUUCAAAAGUAAUGGAACACAAUUUUUUAUGAGAGGUGUUGCCUACCAAGGCUCUGUCACAAACUCUAGUGCAACUGAUACUUUUGUGGACCCGUUGGCGGAUGCCGAUGGUUGCAAGAGAGAUGUCCCAUUGCUUGAAGAGCUUGGUACCAACGUCAUUCGUGUCUACGCCAUCGACACUACUGCCGAUCACACAGAAUGCAUGCAAUUGCUUAAUGAUGCUGGCAUCUAUGUUGUGAGCGAUUUGAGUGAGCCAAGCCAAUCUAUCAACCGUGACUCCCCAGUUUGGGACGACACGCUCUACACACGCUACACCUCGGUUAUCGAUGCUUUAGCCAAUCAUACCAACGUUCUUGGCUUCUUUGCCGGUAACGAGGUCUCUAAUAAUGCUUCCAACACUAAUGCUUCCCCUUUCGUCAAGGCAGCCGUGCGCGACAUGAAGCAAUACAUUAGUAGUUCAGGCUAUCGUGAUAUUCCUAUCGGAUAUGCAACCAACGACGACGCUGGUAUUCGCACACAACUGGCAGAUUAUUUCAACUGUGGAGAUGCCAGUGAUAGUGUGGAUUUCUGGGGUUACAACAUCUACUCUUGGUGCGGCGAUAGCUCAUACACCGAGUCCGGUUAUGAUGUUCGCACAACUGAGUUUGAAACCUACAAUGUCCCUUCUUUCUUUGCCGAGUACGGUUGUAAUGAAGUUCAACCACGUCCCUUUACUGAGGUUGAAGCUAUCUACGGCAAGAACAUGACAUCUGUCUGGUCUGGUGGUAUCGUUUACAUGUAUUUCGAGGAGACAAACAAUUAUGGUCUUGUCACCAUUGAAUCUAACGGCGAUGCUAAGACUUUGACCGACUUUAACAACCUCAAGACUGAGCUUGCAAAAGUCACCCCUACUGGCGUUGAGAUGGCAUCUUACACUCCAACAAACACUGCUGCCCGCUCGUGUCCCACUAGCGAUGCUGAUUGUUACAUCUGUGGAGAUGCUGGUAUUGACUGCGCUGGUAUCAUUGCAAACGGAACUACUGGUGUGUACGGUGCAUAUUCUAUGUGCAGUCCUCUUGAGCGCUUGGCAUGGGCCAUGAAUGCAUAUUACGAGGAGAACUCAUCUUCAUCUGACUCUUGCAGUUUCAGUGGAAGUGGGACUACCCAGGUUGCUGCUACUGCUACGGGUAGCUGCUCAACUCUUCUCUCGGAAGCUGGUGGAACUGCUGGUACUGGAACUGUUACUUCGCUCCCUUCAUCCACUGCCAAGACUACAUCAUCUACAUCAUCCGAUGCUAAUGCUGCAGGCUCUGUCUCUGCUCCCACUGUUUCUGUCGGUGCUUUCAAGAUUGGCGCCUCUAUGCUUGUCACCAUGCUUGGUGGUGUUGCUUUGGUUCUCGUUUAA